AUGCUGAAGGACCAGUCAGUGAGCAUAGAGCAUGAAGAGGAGUUUUUAAAAAAGAAUAAAGAGCAUUUGCUGGAGACCUUAGCACAGUUGAUGCAAAGUGCAAAGGAUCACAAGAAUGGAAAAAAUACUGAGUUGAUAGACACGUGGGCGGAAAGACUGGAAGAAAUUGCUAAGGAAUAUCGACGUGUAGUGUGUGUUUUAGAGAUGCAUGGUGGGUGCUAUAGAGAGGAACGUGCUGAGUUUGAAAAUAAAUACUGCGCCCUUCGAGCAUUUUAUACAAAACAAAUCAAGGACAACCAUGCCCAAAGUGCUCACACCGUUCACGUUCGUCAGCUCAGCCACAUUCGUUACCCUGAACUGAACCUUCCCCGUUUCACUGGCAAAUUGGAAGAUUGGUGUGUGUUCCGGGAUGCUUUCGAGUCCGCUAUAGGCAAUCGUGAGGAGGUAGCUAACAUCGAUAAGUUUCAAUAUUUGAAGGGGCUAGUUCACGGUGAGGCUGCGAGAAUCAUUGAGUCCAUUUCGGUUUGUGAUGAAGGAUACAACGAUGCGUGGCGUGCAUUGAAAUUGCGUUAUGAGAACAAGCGUCAGUUAGUUCGAUGUCACAUAAAGGCCUUGUUCGAUACUCCUGCUAUGAAAAGGGAAACAGCCGAUGAACUUUUAGGGCUGGUGGACAAAUUCGAACAGCAUAUUUCCGUUUUAAGACGUUUGGGAGAAGGUACGGAUGCCUGGAGUUCUAUGUUGGUCUACCAGUUGUCAAUUCGUUUGGAUUCCCACACGUUGCGUGAAUGGGAAAACUACUGCGCUCGCCUCGAUUCAGACAACGUAGCCGCCGUGCUUGGAGGGACGGCUGACCCUCUUUUUGAGGAUUGUGAUGAUACCAUGCCAUCUUACAUCUCGAUGGUAAACUUUCUGCAAAAUUAUGCAAGGGUUCUUCAAUCAGUUGGACCCUCUUCCCUUGCUGGACGGGAGCGCGAACCUAAGCCUAAGUCACCAGUUAAGUUUGGCGCUCAUAUUAGCUGUUCGUCCACUAAGCUAGGUCCCCAGAGCACGAGAAAAUGUGAACAGUGUAAUCAGGAUCAUUCUCUCUAUCAAUGUCCGCAAUUUCAAAGAUUGUCAGACCAACAGCGAUUGGAAUUCGUCAGAUCCAAGAAGCUGUGUCUCAAUUGCCUCCGUCAUGUCGACCAUUUUGCUAAAAAUUGUCCGUGGAAAUCAUGCAACCGAUGUCCGCGUAAACAUCACACUCUUCUCCACGGAGCACAGUUUACACAGCAGACCCCUUCUGCUCCCCAGCCUAAUGGAACAGUAACCCUUGUAGCUCAACCGACUGCUGUCGAAAGCACUCAUACUUCAACUGCUACACUGCAACCAUCGUCUGCUCAAUUUCAUUCUACACAACCACCAAAGGCCACCAGAAACCCCGCCACAGUGCAACCGUUUAGUUUGCCGGGGAAUUUUCACUACGCCACGGUUGCAUGCGAUAAGGAAAAUCAACAGAACACCGUAAUUCUUCCUACUGCGCUAGUAGAAGUUGAGGACAUUGGAGGACGCAGAAUCACAGCCAGAUGCUUGUUGGACUCAGGAUCGCAGAGUCAUUUUAUAACCCGCGCACUUUGUCAAAAACUGAAGCUUCCUUGUUCAAGUGCAUCAUCUCCCAUUCUGGUCAGCGGUAUCGGCCAGACAACUACGAAAGCAACACAAUUCGUCACCGCAAAGGUGUCGUCCAGAGCUUCUCCAUUUAUAGUUGAACCCAGACUUUUGGUUUUGCCGCACCUUGCCAUCACUCUGCCAUCAUCCACCAUUAAUAUACGAGGAUGGCAUAUCCCUGAAGCAGUACAGUUAGCCGAUCCUACAUUCCAUUUGUCAAAACAAAUCGACAUCAUUUUGGGUGCUGAGUAUUUCUUUAACACGCUACGGUAUGGUCGUAUUCAAUUGGGUGAGCGACUACCGAUACUGCAGAAUUCGGCAUUUGGAUGGUUUGUCUCCGGCGCUUGCGUGAUACCAGAUCACGACCACGCAGAUCCACGAUCCUGUUUUUCAAGCAGUACUGUAUGCCUUGAAGAACUUCUUCGUAAGUUUUGGGAACUAGAAACAGUUCGGGACUCGAAGGGAUUGUCGCCCACCGAUCGAAUUUGUGAAGAACAUUUUAUUGGUAAUACUUCGCGGACGCCUGAAGGCCGUUAUAUGGUAAAACUACCGAAACGCGAAGAAUUGAUUGUACUGCUAGGCGACAACAAAUACCAGGCCACUAGACGAUUUCUCUCAUUGGAACGUUCAUUGCAACAAGAUCCAGAACGGAUGACCAUGUACAAAGAUUUCAUCGAUCAGUAUAUAUCUUUGGGCCACAUGCGUGAGGUAAGCCCUCAAGAACUUGAGGUACGUCCACAGUUUAUACUACCACAUCAUGGAGUACUUAAACUUGACAGUAGUACUACAAAACUGAGAACAGUAUUCGAUGCGUCUUGUAAAUCACGUUCCGGAUUGGCGCUAAACGAUACGUUGCUACCUGGGCCCACUAUCCAGGAUACUCUCGUGGCGCUCGUGCUACGGUUUCGCAUUCACAGAUACGUUGUUUCAGCAGACAUCGAAAAAAUGUUUAGGCAGGUGCUGGUGCAUCCAUCCGAUCAACCAUUACAACGCAUCCUUUGGCGAGAGGAUCCCCGGGACUCCCUGAAAUUGUACCAGCUGCAGACGGUUACCUACGGGUUAAACAAUUCCCCCUUCCUAGCUACACGUGUCCUGUUACAAUUGGCUGAGGACGAGAAAAUGAAAUUUCCAGUGGCUGCUCGCAUAGCUAAGAAGGAUUUUUACGUUGAUAAUCUUCUCACCGGGGCAAACGACACGUUAGAGCUUCAACGAAUUUGUCAGCAGAUGAUUGGUCUACUCAACGCCGGCGGUUUUCCUCUUCGACAAUGGUCGUCAAAUUCUCAAGAAGUUUUGAAUAUAGUUCCAGAAAAUCUUCGCGAAACCCGCACACUGUUGGAAUUAGAUCGAGAUUCUUCUAUUACCGCUCUCGGAUUACGUUGGGAGCCAGCCGCAGAUACGCUUUCAUUCAAACCACCAAAGUGGAAAGGAAAUCCGCAGCUCACCAAACGGACUGUACUGUCACAGAUGAGCAGUCUUUUUGACCCUCUUGGGUUAGUAGGACCAAGCAUAGUUCGUGCAAAAAUUAUAAUGCAGUCUCUGUGGAAACAUCAACUCGAUUGGGACGCACCAUUGCCGUCACAGUACGCACAGGAAUGGAACAAUUACCAGCUAGAUAUACCGUGCUUGGAAAAUCUUCGAGUACCACGAGCCGCAAUAUUGUUCCCGCAUCAGGAUCUGCAGAUCCAUGGAUUCAGUGACGCGUCAGAGCAGGCAUAUGGCGCAUGCCUUUACUUGAGGUCAAUCAACGCUUCCGGACAAUGUUCUGUACAACUGCUUACAGCAAAAUCCCGAGUGGCUCCAGUUGAUAGCAAGUCAAUCCCACGAUUGGAACUCUCCGCAGCGCUUCUUCUCACACAUCUUCUCGUCCAAGUCACCACUAGUACAGGCAUCUCCAUACCAACCUACCUGUGGACGGAUUCCACCGUCGUUCUGAGUUGGAUAUCGGCACCUGCUUCAAACUGGAAAACUUUCGUGGCGAACAGAGUGGCGGAGAUCCAAGAACAUACUGCUUCUGCUACUUGGAAUCACGUGCCGUCGGAGGACAGCCCUGCUGAUCUUUUGUCCAGAGGCAUGAGUCUACAUCAUCUGUUAAAUUGCUCUUUGUGGUGGCAUGGACCUAGAUGGGUGAAUGCUUUGGAUAUCGCUUGGCCAAAAAAUCCAGUCUCGAGAAAAGAAUGCGGUGAAGUUCCUGAGCUUCGGAAGGUUGUUUCAUUAGUAGCAACUACGCAACAAGAAGAUAUAAUCAAUCGUUAUUCACACCUUAACCGGUUGAUUCGCACCUGCGCGUGGUGGCACCGUUUCCGUGAGAAUACCCGUCGCGAAGCAAGCGUCCGUGUUAUCGGUUCGUUGUCCUCCGCGGAAAUUGACCGCGCGUUAAUCGCUCUCGUUCGUCGUGUCCAAGAAGAGCACUUUGCUCUAGAUAGGAGGCAGUUGGAGCGGAAUCAAAAGUUACACCCGAAAACGAAGCUGAGAUUCCUGAAACCGCAACUAGUUGAUGGCCUUAUUCGAGUUGGUGGCCGGUUGCAUCAUUCCGCUCUCGCCAUCGACGAAAAACAUCCCAUCGUGCUUCCGGCAAAGCAUCACCUCACCACGUUAAUUGCGAGACGUUAUCACGAGAAAACCAUGCAUGGAGGCCCUAAUUUGCUGCUGUCAACAAUUCGUCAAAGGUUCUGGCCACUUAGGGGCCGGGAAUGUGUCCGUUCAAUUGUACACGACUGUAUCACUUGCACCCGUGCUCGCCCCAGAUCGUUGGAACAGUUGAUGGGCGAUCUACCACCAGUCCGAGUAAACAAAUCCUUUCCCUUUGAAAAUGUGGGAGUGGAUUUCGCCGGACCGGUAUUCCUGAAACCACCUAAUCGGAAGGCAGGCCCUGUAAAGGGGUACGUUGCGGUAUAUGUGUGCCUUGCAGUCAAGGCGGUCCACCUAGACCUAGUUCCGGAUAUGACGACUGACGGAUUCAUCGCCAGCCUACGACGCUUCACAGGCAGACGUGGAAAACCCAGCACCAUCUACUGCGAUAACGGUCGCAAUUUUGUUGGAGCCCAACGAGAAUUAAGCGAGCUACGUAAACUCUUCCUGACACAACGCCAUCGGGAUGCCGUAACUAACGAAGGCAUCGAUAAUGACAUUCACUUUCUCUUCAUUGCACCCCGCUCUCCAUCAUUAGGAAGAAUAUGGGAGGCGGCGGUCAAAUCGAUGAAGCUGCAUCUUCGUCGCAUCAUGGGAAAUGCAAUGCUCACCAAAACCGAAUUUACGACCGCUCUCAUUCAGGUAGAAGCGGCACUCAACUCUCGUCCAAUAACUCCCAUGUCAGAGGACCCUCAGGAUUUACAACCAUUGACGCCGGGACAUUUUCUGGUAGGUAAGCCAUUAAACGCAAUACCCGAACCAGAUCUCAGCGGAAUUCCCGAAAGCCGCCUUUCUCGAUGGCAACGUGUUCAAAAUCUCAGUCAGCACUUUUGGCGACGCUGGCACCACGAAUAUCUCAACACGUUGCAGAAUCGUUAUCGUUGGACGGAAGAAACAUCAAAUCUCGCGAAGAAUGCAAUCGUGCUGCUACGAGAUGAGAAUCUUCCCCCACAGCGGUGGGCGAUCGGCAGAGUCGUUGACGUUCACCCAGGCGAAGAUGGACUGGUUCGUUUGGCAUCUGUAAAAACCAACAACGGAAUCACCCAGAGAGCAGUGAACAAAUUGUGCCUACUACCAGUGGAAGUUAGCCCGAGUGAUCUAACCCAGUCCAGAUCUAUCACACCCAUUUCAUCCCACGAGGAAAAAUAA